AUGGCGAUGUACUUUUAUGCCAGCAAGAUAUCAGCCAUCGCCUGCGGAACGCGUUGCAAGCAGACCGUGCUGCAGAAGUCGCGGGGUCAGCGCGACCGGGACAAAUGCCACCAUGGCCAUCAUGGCCACCACCACCAGCACCAGCACCACCGACGCCACCAUCGUCGGCGGUGCCGCAUUAGUGGCAACAGCAGCAGCAGCUCCGACAGCGAGUCUGCGGAUGACUGCUGCCUGGAGAUGGGCGAAUCGGCAGUGGAUUCGAGGGAAGGCGGAGCAGCAGCUGGAGGAGCCGGAUUACAGGGAGUCGCCGGCGGUAUAUUCUCACUGGAUCCGGGUCAUCUGACGGCGGAGACAGCUCUCCUGGGUGGCAAUAUACGCUACAGGCGGCGACAUAGCGCCGAGCAGCUGAGUGCCUACGAUCUGGAAAUGGGGUUUCAGCAAUUAGAGCUUGGCACCACAAUAUCGGUUGGGCCGAAAAACGACGAUUUGGUCCAGUACGAUGUGCCCAAAAAUCCGCACAAACGCAGCCAAUGUGAUAUUAAUUUUGAGAGCUCGGUUUUGGGCUCCGGUGGCAUAAUGUACAUAAAUGGUAGAAUAGUUUCCGGGCCAUUGGACUCCCUCAUCGAAACUCUACUGCCCAAGGAUGUUGUGGACUUAGAUAAGGAAUUUGUAUUCUCGUUUUUAUUAUCCUGCCGCUUGUUCCUGCGACCCCACGAAUUGCUGGGCAGACUGCUGGACUCGGUACCUGAUAGCGAAUGCUUGGAGUCCCUGGUCUCCCUGCUGGCCGAGUGGACGAUGAAGUUCCCCUACGACUAUCGGGAUGAGCGGAUGAUGAGCCAUGUCAAACAUAUCGUUGCCAGAUGUUCCAAUUCGCAUUUGGAAGCCGCUGUCUCCCAAACACUGAGUGCCUUACUAAAACGACUGACUGAUUUAGAGAGACAUGAGGCGGAUCUACGAGCCUGCCAGACGACCAACGACAAGUCUGCCCCGGAAACUCCACUCAACUGUCCAACGGCCACGCAGUACGCACAAAUCGUCUGUCGGGUGGAAAAGAAACUGGCCAAGCACAUUGGUGGCGAGGAGUUCCUGCAGUGCAGCAGCAUGAUCCUCCUCGAUAAGCAGAAGAAGUGGGACCAACCAUCCACGUCGGGCGCACCGCCAGGAGCCCAGGAUCCCAAGAAGACGUGCAACCUGGAAACCUAUCUGGAUUGGUCGGCACGUCUGCGUCUGUUUGUCUGCAACGAGAUCCUGCAGAGCGUCGGAAUCGAGGGACGCAGCCGAACCGUGGAACUCUGGAGCGGAGUGGCCCAGUACUGCCUCCUGGUGGGCAACUACAAUAGUGCCACGGCCAUUUUGGAGUCCCUGGAAUCGCCGGCCAUUGCGCGGCUUAAAAUUACGUGGAGCAAAUUGCAAGUGACGUGUCAACAAUUGGACUGCAUGCAGCGCCACGCCGAGGGCCAUGGACAUUUAUGGCAGAAGCAGGCCAUCGUCCUAAAUGAGCAGCAGGAUGGUCUCAAGACUGAUAAGCAGCCGCCCAAGGAUCCGGCGGCCCAAGCAGCAGCUCCUGCGCCAGCAUCCUUCGCCAUCACAACGCCCGACUCGGAUGAGAAGCCCUCGACAAGUGGACGAGUGGCUGGCUUAGCAGUCAUUUCCGCUGCAACAAUGGAAGCCGCUGCAGUUCCUGCGGCAAGCGGCAGCAACGUGGAUGUUGCAGCUGCAGCAACAGCAGCAACAUGUGCCGCAACAGCAGCAACUUCGACGGCAGCAGCAACCACCCCAUUAGCAACUUCGGGCAAGCCAAAUGAUUGGGUUGUGAUUCCAGUGUUUGCGGAUAUUGUUAAACUGGCGUUGGGCGAGCGUGAGAACUGUUUGCAGCGCUUAGCAAAUGGCCACAUCAAUAUGGCUGCCUUCGAUCGAAUGGCGGCCAUUGUUGGGGCAUUCACCAAACACAUGCAGGCGAUGAAGGCGGCCCAGGCGCCAUCUAGCGGGGAGUACGAGCACUUCUGCCGCCACAUGCAGCAAACAACGAAACUUGGCGAGGCGGAACUAAUGAUGGCCUCAUUCGACUGCGAGGAACCCAAUAAUGCUGAGAAGCUAAUGUACGAUUUAAACUAG